AAUUGAAAUGGGUGAACUAUUAUUACAUUUCAGAGCUAGAUGCAUGCCAUGUUAUUUUUUCUGGACAAGAGACUAUUACGACUUUUCCGAGAGUCCUGAUAUACUGACAGCGAUCAGCACAAAGGGACUAGAACUACCGGCGGUACGCACGUUUGUAGCGAGUGAAGGCUGCACGGUGCUGGACGCUCCUCUCCUUACGUGCACAUGGCCUUUUUAGUUAGUCAGUGCAUGUAUUGUUAGCUGUAUCACUAUGCUCUUCAGAUUUCACCAUCCUGGAGUUCAUCACUUCAUGCGGUGCUUGCCUAGAAUAGUCUAGCUCAGCACCUCAGCUAGACACGGGGAACAGCCACUGCAAGGACUGGUACGGGACCCGGACGUUUUUGUCGGUGGCAAAUUGUUCUGUGAGAGGAUGCGCUUGAACCAGGGAGUCUACGUGGUUCUUCUGUUACUGGCUUUGGUGUUCAACACACUCUGCAUCGGCAUGGUGUCAAAGCUGCUGGACUGUGCAUAUGAACAGUACUUAACCCGGGAGAUUAGUACGACGUGCGACAAGCAGUACUCUUACAACAAUGUGCGUGUCUGGUCAUAUGUCUAUCUGCCCAACGACAUGAUCUCGUUCGUGCUGACCGAAGGCACCAUCAUCGUUCUGUUGAUUCGGCGCAGCCACACGGAAAAGCCGUUACUAUUGACGCUGACAUCGGCACUAAGCCUCCUCACUACGGUCGGUGCACAGCUGCACGGACUGAGUCGACAUGCACUGGGAGAUGAAGACUACACCAAUUUCAGCGAAGCCUACGCAAGCUUUUGUAUUCUCAACUUUGUCUGCGUGGCGAUUGUUACAAUCUGGCUGUUGAGAUCUCGACAGGACUCGCGCUUCACAACCCCGGACUCCUACCAGCGUCCGCUCAUGCCACCUGUUGAUCCACGUGCCGAGCUGGUCGAUGCUCCGCCGGCGUACGAGCAAGCACCAGCAUCCGCUCAGCCUGAACCGUGAGGUGGAAUACUAGUACGUGUGUAGGAUGAACAGGUGAGAUCCAGCACACCGCUCCAACGGAGCGAAAACUUUAAGCCAGUGUCCUGAAGUGGUGGGCUGAGAUAGCUCUUCGAUUGAUGUCGGCCAUCGUACAGAAACGGAGAGUGUCCGUGGGAUAGCACCAUACAGAAUUAAGGCCAAGUCACAAGUUCCUUUUCCAGUGGAAUGCCGUACGGUCUGCUGAGCAAUCCAGCAGCCAUGCUCACGUUUAUGCUGAUGGGGAUGUGAUCACAAUAGUGCUGCUUGCUCUUGUUCGGGUACUGUCAGGCUCUGCUUGCCAUUCUGGAUCCACACGCUGAGCAAAUUCAACGGUUUGCCAAUGUCCCACUGCCACGGGACCGUGUCUUCAGAAAUGCACCGUGGCAGUGCAGCCAAGCGGUAUGCUUGCCCGAUACCUUCUGCGCAGCACACCGGGUGGUGUGGGUGCAGGUCAUAAUGGCACCGCCAUGCUUAGAGCCACAUUGGACCCUGAAUUCACGCAUCUCCUUUCUCAGGUUCUCACACGUCACUAUGGGAAUCAAUGCAGUAAUACUGUGCAUGUUAUAUGAGUACUGUGUGCACAUAAUCACAUACCUUGUACCAUUUGUUCAACUAUAAUACUCCUUCACUGUUAGUAGUGCAGUGUUACCAAGAGUACAUACCCCCCCCCCGGUUAUAUACUCUUGGUAUUACUCCACACAGGCUACAUUAUGAGCUAUUUUAUGACUGGGAUAUCGGUUGGUGUGCACAAACAGCUCAAGUGAUUUCUUGAUUGACAGUUGAAUGUCUCCUAUUAUUUAUAAUUCUGCUGUCCGCGGAUUGAGCAUUCAUUUCUGGUCUUCCGAUAAAUUUCUUCAUUUUCUGUGCUAUCAUAUCUUUUUUCCAUUUUUUUUAUCCGUAAUAGACCACGGUUUAUCUACACGGGAAUAUGCUUCAUCUACUCUUA